AUGCAGGGAACAUGGUCUCAUCUUUGGGUGUCGUAUACACACGCACCCGUAACAUUCCCACCUCACUCUGCACUGUGCUGCCGUCGGAGCAGGACGGACCUUUCCAGGCCUCUGAUCACAGAAGAAUCAGCGGUGCUUUUUCUUGCGGAUAAACCUGAGGAAGACUUGAAGAAUAACUCGAAGGUUUGCAAAUUCCUUACGUUUUCCUUUGAAAACGAAAUAUUUGCUUACGCUGAACGAGCUUUACAGUAUGUCCAAGACCAACUUGCUAAGAAAAGGGAACACAAACAAGAGACGUUGAGCUAUACCAGGCUGGAGAUUUAUUCUCUUCUUGCUAGAAAACUACCGGACCACGAUACACCUAUCAAACAGUCGACCGAUAACAUCGAAUUACAGAGCCCCGAUUGUGGGCUUGUAUCCGAGGCACUUCAAAACGAAAGUGUGGAGGAUUGUGGUAUCCGGGGUUUCUGCAACACUAUUGACGAAUUCUUAGUUCUUGUUGCCGAACCAAAACGAAAAGCUGACAAGACACGCAUUGCAGAUAGUAUCGAAAAAAGUUUUCGGAAACUGCUGAAAGAGAAACCUAAAUUGGUAUGGGUUAACAAAAUAACAACGGCUGAUCUUACUGCUCAAGGUUCUAAACUUACCAACACAGAGAAAAAUCACUGGGGAACCCUAGGCUGUUUCGGCAAAGACCCUGGCAAUUCGUUGGUAGCAAUAACCGCUGGGCAUUGUGUAGAGAAAGAUCAAAUCGUCCAAAUAGAAAACAACGGCACUUCGGAGGAAUUCGGGCGGUGUGUACAAAGUCACAAUUCGACUGAAUUCGACAUUGCGGUCAUUAACAUUAACGAUAGCAUGGAACCUCGUUGCACAUUUAAAUUUCGUAAUGAAAAGGACGAAGUGUGCAAGGCGUCCGUAUAUCAGGGGGAUCAAAUCAGGAACUGGCCUGUGCAUAAAAUAGGAGCUGCAACUCAAUGGACUAAGGGCGUUGUAUACUGCGGGGAGGCUCGCGUGUGUGACGAAAUUGGAAUCAUCAUUGUAAACGUGAACGACAUCGUCUUCGCAGAAGAGGGCGACAGUGGAGCUAUCGUGUUCUUCUAUGAUCCAAACGACAUACAUAACAGGGAGGUGAAGCUGCUAUCCAUAGUAUCAAAAGAGGUCGAUGUGGGAGGAGGCUCCAUUCCAGUCGGACUUUCUAGAAAACCAACACUGACUCGAAGCUUGAAAGAUGGACUCGAUAAAGUCCCAAAUAUCAUAAUAGAAUAUGAAAGGGAUUGAAAAAACAAACUCUGGAGGUAAAAGGAAACCUUUUUCAUUACAUACUGACUAUGAUAUUAUUUCGGAAAAAUAUUUAUCGAUUUUGUUUUGUUUUGAUUGAUUUGGACAGUUAAUUAGGAAGAACGAGAAACGGACUGAAAUUAAGAUACUUUUUUCUAUAUCUUACAUUUGGUUUAUAUACAAAAUACUACGGUAUAAACAUCAGACCUACCCAUGCAAGCACAUGCAUUCGUUAAAGGAAUACUUCCCAUCUGUCAAUCAUAUAUACACAAAGUUGGAGGGACGAUAGUCUAGUGGUAAGAAGCCGGGCUCGUGACCGAAGGGUUGCGGGUUCAAGUUACGUCACGGCACU